GUCGCUUGUGCCGCUUCGUACGCUCGGUGGAAAAUGCUCGUUUCGCAACUUUGCACCCGAUUUCCGAGUUUGAGUUGGUGAAAACACUCACAAGUUUCCCCUUUUGUCCAGCGCUGCUAAAACACUACCCGACAUCUGAGACAUUGGAGAUUUUCGGGCUUGACUUGCUGACAAUGUUGUGCCGUCGCAUGCGUUUGACCGAGCGCCAUCUUCAACCGCCCAGAGAACCGCUGGAAGGUCCGAUCGUACGGCCCUGUACAGCACGGAAACUGAUGAACCUGGACACUGCCACAAGCAAUAGCAACCACAGCACCAACACCACCGCAACGACGACCAACGACGCAAGCAGUGCACCGCACCCAACCAUCACCAUUCCAACGGGAGACGAUACCGGGACAACCUGCGAGGGACAACCGUUUUCACCACGUGGGAGGAAACUCCCCGAAGGGCCCAAAACACCGCUGGUGAUCGUGAAUCUGAACAUCCCGCCCGGCACGGAGACACUGGCACCGAAAAGCGCAUCCCGGUCCGAGCGGCACAAGCUGCCGCACUUCUGCAUGCAGUAUCGCAAUCUCGGCCGGCUCUGCUCAGCCCCACCGGGAUGUGCGGGUGCCGGCGUGCCCACCGUCGUCGGUACGGCGGGCCCGGCAAGCGGCCUGAUUCCUCAGAUCUUCAUCCAAAGCUUCGAGCUGCAGGAUCGUCGCGCGGCGGACGGGCCGGCCGGCGCAGCGGACCACGAUCAGCAGCAGGGCAGCCAGCGGUACAACAUCAUCACCGAGAAUGAUGAGGAUACGUUCGCGACGCUACUGUUGGACAACAUUUCCAACAUUUCGCUCGAGAUGAUACAGCGCCACCAGCAGAAGCUGCUCGGCACGACCGCAUCCUCGAUCACGGAGAGCCCGCUAGUGACCGGGGUGAGCGGCAGUGCGACCUGCUUCCAGCACGUCGAAGGAUGCAGCAGCAUGGAGCGGACGGAGAGCAAAACGUCCACCGAGGGUCUGCUGCCGCUGGACGGUAGGAUGGAUUCGCAUGACGAGCGAGACCGCCAGGCUAGCAGGGGACAGUCCGCCUCGGGUCCUUCGAACGAUCGGCUGGCAGUGACACCGGAAGCGGUAGACAACGAUCAGAACCCGGACAUUCCGGCUGGCUACCGUUCGCUCUGCUACCGUACGCCCAGCCCCAAGACGCGCCAGAUCAUUCGCGUGGACAUCGUUACCAGCAGGGAAAAGUAUUGAACCAGGCGGGCUGGCACUCGUCCCAGACACUGUUGGAUGCGAAUUUGAUUGGUUGAUUGGCUUUAAUCGGUUCUAAAGUACGAAUAAUAAAUAAACCUCGUUUAGACAGUACGACUCAGCUGCGUAUCAAACUGCUUCAAAAUA